AGCCGCACGCACAGCGAUCCCGGCAUGCUCCUUGUUCUCUCUGGGCGUGGGGAACUCCUUGGCCGGAUCCUGGCAUGCUAGGAAAUGUAGUUGUAGACCGCCAGGAGUCUGGGGGGCGAUAAAAGCUGCUGAGUCCCGCUCCAUUUCUGGCACCCGACUUGCAGCCCCAACGGGAGGCCCUACUGAGGGGUAGAGACCAGGGUCAUCCUAAGAGCCGGUCAAGCGAGCAUCCGGGCCGCUUGCCCCUCUGGGCGCGCGCAGCUCCUCAGCGCGGCCGCCCCGCCUGGCCGGCAGGGCCCGGCCCGGGCGUCAGUCAGCCCGCGCCUGCCCCGGCGCUGCUGCCACCUCGCGCUCGGAGGCGUCACGGAACGUGCGCUCUCCCCCCGCCCUCCCCUCUCCCUGCCCUCCUCCCCCUCCCGCGCUGAGUCUCGCAGCAGCCGCCGCAGCCGCAGGAGUAGCCGCCGCCGGAGCCGCGCGCAGCCAUGGCUGAGAACCCUGGCUUGGAGAACCACCGCAUCAAGAGCUUCAAGAACAAGGGCCGCGAUGUGGAAACAAUGCGAAGACACAGAAAUGAAGUGACAGUUGAACUACGAAAGAACAAAAGAGAUGAACACUUACUGAAAAAGAGAAAUGUUCCACAAGAAGAAAGUUUAGAAGAUUCUGAUGUUGAUGCAGAUUUUAAAGCACAAAAUGUAACACUAGAAGCUAUAUUGCAGAAUGCCACAAGUGAUAAUCCAGUGGUCCAGUUGAGUGCUGUCCAGGCAGCAAGAAAACUGCUAUCCAGCGACAGAAACCCACCAAUUGAUGAUCUAAUAAAAUCUGGGAUUUUACCUAUUCUAGUCAAAUGUUUAGAAAGGGAUGAUAAUCCUUCAUUACAGUUUGAAGCUGCUUGGGCACUAACCAAUAUAGCAUCAGGAACUUCUGCACAGACUCAAGCUGUUGUACAGUCUAAUGCAGUACCUCUUUUUUUGAGACUUCUCCAUUCACCACAUCAAAAUGUUUGUGAACAAGCAGUAUGGGCUUUGGGAAACAUUAUAGGUGAUGGUCCUCAGUGUAGAGAUUAUGUCAUAUCACUGGGAGUUGUCAAACCUCUUCUGUCCUUCAUCAACCCCUCCAUCCCCAUCACCUUCCUUCGGAACGUCACAUGGGUCAUUGUAAAUCUCUGCAGGAAUAAGGACCCCCCGCCGCCUAUGGAGACAGUUCAGGAGAUUUUGCCAGCUUUAUGUAUCCUCAUAUACCAUACAGACAUAAAUAUUCUUGUAGACACUGUUUGGGCUCUGUCAUACUUGACAGAUGGAGGGAAUGAGCAGAUACAGAUGGUUAUUGAUUCAGGGGUUGUGCCAUUUCUAGUACCCCUUCUGAGCCACCAGGAAGUGAAAGUUCAAACUGCAGCACUCAGAGCAGUUGGCAACAUAGUGACUGGCACUGAUGAGCAGACCCAGGUUGUUCUCAAUUGUGAUGUCCUGUCACACUUCCCAAACCUUUUAUCACACCCGAAAGAGAAGAUCAAUAAGGAAGCAGUAUGGUUCCUUUCCAACAUAACAGCAGGCAAUCAGCAACAAGUUCAGGCUGUGAUAGAUGCUGGAUUAAUCCCUAUGAUUAUUCAUCAGCUCGCUAAGGGGGACUUUGGAACACAAAAAGAAGCUGCUUGGGCAAUUAGUAAUUUAACAAUAAGUGGCAGAAAAGAUCAGGUUGAAUAUCUCGUCCAACAGAAUGUAAUACCACCAUUUUGUAAUUUACUGUCAGUUAAAGAUUCCCAAGUGGUUCAGGUGGUUCUAGAUGGUUUAAAAAACAUUCUGAUAAUGGCUGGUGAUGAAGCAAGCACAAUAGCUGAAAUAAUAGAAGAAUGUGGAGGUUUGGAGAAAAUUGAAGUUUUGCAGCAACAUGAAAAUGAAGACAUAUAUAAAUUAGCAUUUGAAAUCAUAGAUCAGUAUUUCUCUGGUGAAGAUAUUGAUGAAGAUCCUAGCCUCAUUCCUGAAGCAACACAAGGUGGUACUUACAAUUUUGACCCAACAGCCAACCUUCAAACAAAAGAAUUUAAUUUUUAAGGUUAAUUGAGUGCAGCAUCUUGCUCACGUUCAACAUGAAGCACCACCAGAUGGCUCCCAAAUGAUAAGAAAACAACAGCAACAAAAGGCUCCAAAACAUACAUGCCUCUUCGUUUUGAUGCUUCUAAGCAAGCCAUGUCUCAGUCACUUUGCAGUUGCCAAAAGUCACUCUCACAUGGACUGUAAAUGCAUAUGCAUGAUUUCCUAAACUGUUUUAGAAUUCUCCAUAACAGUCUCAACUACCCUGUUUUCCAUUCCCUGGUGCCACAUGCUGACAACUGCAGUCUCUAGGUUAGGAUAGUGGUGGCAUGUCAGCUGCCCACUGAUAUUCCUUUGGAAAAUGGUGCGCUGUGGAUCAAGACACUUUGGUAUGUUGCAUCUUCACAUGGAAGACUAAAGAGGUGCAGUAUGAUCUGAGCCUCCAUCAUUAUCCUCCACAAACAUAUUUUCAUAUUCUUUAUUUGGAAGACUAGAUUUUAAAGUACAAGCCAAAUGAUUUUCAUUGGUGGAACUGACACAAAGUAACUUAAAAACAGAAACUUGGUUAUUGAUUAAACAGAUAAGUUUUAAAAAAAACAAAAAACAAAAAAACCUGUACUUCAUAUACCAGUAAUUGAUGUGUUUAUUAUCUGCCUCAGAAGCCAGGGUUGGAGGAAGAACUUUAGAUACGGAUGGUGAUGCUUUCGCCGUUAUACCUAAUUUUUAAGAACAGCAAGCCCUAUUUGACCACUCACUUCAGCCUGUGUGUUCCUGCUGUUUUGAAUUAAUCAAAUGCUGUGCAUGGUAUUUUACCUGAGCUGCAACCUGUUACAGACUUGAACUUCUGUUUCAGUUGAAAGCAAGAGUCCCUGACUACAAAAGAGACACAAAAACUAAAAAGCAAAAAGAAAUUUAAAAGCAAACAAAAACUGCAAAGAUCUAAAAGACUCAUUGGUGAUGUUAAAAGAAAAAAAGUCUUGCUUUCAGCUUUCAGGAGUUAAUAUUUUUUGUUUUAAUUUGAUAAUUGGAUAUGGUUGAUUUAUAAUGGGUUUAAACUGUGGAGCUUUCAUGUUUACUGUAAUUUAGUCUUAAAACAUUUUUUACUAGUAACCAGUGCUUUUGAUAAUGUGGUUGGCAACAAACCAGCAAUUAGUGUUAUAAGACUUCAUUGAGUAUUGGGGAAGUUACUUUAGAUCCUACUCUAAAAGCAUUGGCACAUAUUAAAAAAUUCAAACAGGGAUCUGUAUAGAAGAAUAAUCUGUGGUAAUUUAUAAGCUUAAUUUGCAGUAAUCUUUUAAGUAAUUCUACAAAAUCUGGCAUUACUAUGAAAGUCAAUGCUUUUGGCAAAAUAUCUGACCCAGGUAUUAAUGAACAAAUAUGGUUUUAAAAUUUUUUAAACUAAAUAAUUUGUGCUGUUGCAGAAAUAGUUUUGUUGCUCUUGUUUACUGGGUAUAAUUUCCCAAUGUAUUGAUGUGAAGGGAUAGAAAAUCUAAACUAAUUUAGUUAUCUGAUGGGGGUGUAUUUACUGUGAUGAAGAUGAGACAGAUUCCAUCAAAGCUUUACAAAUCAGCUGGGGUGUUUUCACUGAUAAACAACACAUAGCAGGUGUGCAUCAUUUACAAAUAUAUGUAUCUGCCAAGGUGGAGCCACUUUAAAGAGUGAGUUUUGUCUUGUAUCCAAAGUGGAUACAAGCGUAUGUUUAAACUGCAAGAUUUUUACUUGCUAGAGAAUCUGUUUUAAUAUAGUGGUUUGGCCUCUGAUUAUUUAUAGGUUUUAUAAAUUUUAGAAUCAAUUUCUCUUUAAGGUGGCUCAGAUUUUUCAACUCUUGUGCACAUAAAAUUGAGUUGAAGUUCAUUGUGCCUUUUUUUCUUUAUCCAAAUUUGUGUUAAAGCUUCAUAUGGUAACUGCAUCCUGUUCAGGCACUACUGUCUAGAUUUUUGCAACUGUGUGGUGUUCACUAAAAGAAUAACAAAGCAAAUUAAGGUCACAAACUUCGGUGAAACCCUUCAAGUCCAGAUCUUCUUGAAAUUGUAAAUUGUCCCCCUUUCAGUUUAAUUUCUUCCAGGCUCUCCAUACAUAACUGACAGUUACCUUUUAAAACUUUUGCACACGUCCAGAUUAAAAUUGGGCCUCAACUGUGAUGAUUCCUAUUUCCUCUUGUGUUUUAAGUGCAAACUAACAUUUAAGUGAACAUUAGCAUCAAGUAGUGCAGACGUAUGUAUGCAUUUGCUUGAUUCAAUCUGUUGUGACCUUACCAGUUUUUAAUUGGGAUUGCACCAUUUCAUAGGUAAUUGAAACUAAAGUAUAUUGCUGCACUUUUAAGUUUUUAAAAACAGUGUUUAAAAACUGCAUUGUUUUUAUUUUUUUUAAACUCAUUUGAAAAAGACUAAAACCUUCUUUCAAAAGAGGCAUCUAAACGUGUUCCUAAUUUUGUAUAUGGGCUUAGGUUUUGUAACCAAUAAAAAAAAGCUGCUAUCAAA